UGGGAGUGUUUUUAUACGAAAGAGAUUUGCACACCACAAUCUGAGGAGGUGUCUCUGAACAGUAUAUAAUGAGGUCUUUUUUUUUAUCUGGCAUCUUGUGAUCCAAAAUUAACACCAUCAUCAACUGUCUCGUUAAGAACAUCUGCAGGAAGUCCUGAAAAGGCUCAACAUGAAAAUAACGGUGGCUGAUCUUGUUGUUUCCAGUGGCGUAAGUGAGAGUCCAGCUAUCGAAGACUUAACAAGGUCAACUACACUGUCCUACACCUACACUAUCAGCGUAAACUCCACAGACUAUGAUUACGGUGACGACCCAGAGGAGGACUUUGGGAGGUGUGUGUACGAGCGCCACGGGGCCAACUUUCUGCCAACCCUUUACGCCAUUUUCUUUCUCCUGGGCUUUCUGGGUAACUCCCUGGUCAUCUGGGUCAUUGCUUGUGGCGUGCGACUCCGCAGCAUGACCGACGUGUGCCUCCUAAACUUGGCGGCGUCCGACCUUCUCUUGGUGUGUACGCUGCCCUUCCUGGCCCACCAGGCCAGGGACCAGUGGAUUUUUGGGGAUGCUAUGUGCAAAGUGGUCCUGGGUAUGUAUCACAUUGUCUUUUACUGUGGGAUCUUUUUCAUCAGCCUAAUGAGCAUCGACCGCUACUUGGCUAUAGUACACGCCGUUUACGCCAUCAGAGCGCGGACGAGGUCCUUUGGGAUGAUCGCGGCUGCCGUUACUUGGGUGGCAGGAUUUUUGGCUUCCUUCCCUGACCUGAUCUAUCUCAAAGAGCAGCAAAGUCAUCAGGUUGGCUUUGCCAACAUGUCUCAGUUCUGCUACCCAGUGUAUCCAAAAGCUAACCCUCCAUCCGACGCUCACUUCUGGACCAUCUUCCGCCUUUUCAAAAUGAACAUUUUAGGUCUAUUUGUCCCAGUUGUCAUCAUGGGUUUCUGCUACUCACAGAUUGUGUGGAGGCUUCUGCACAGCCAUUCGUCCAAGAAACAAGCCAUCCGUUUAGUUCUUACAGUGGUUGCCGUUUUCUUCUGCUGCUGGGUCCCCUACAACGUUGCAUCUUUCUUCAAAGCGCUGGAGCUAUUGCACAUCUACACAGAAUGCGAAAGCAGCAAGGCCAUCAGGUUGGCUUUGCAAGUCACCGAGGUGAUUGGCUACUCGCACAGCUGCCUCAACCCCAUCCUGUAUGUGUUUGUCGGGCAGAAGUUCAGGCGGCACCUGUUGAGGUUGAUAAACAGGACGCCCUGCAGGCUGUGUCAGUUGGUCAAGGUCUGCAUGCCUCAGGACAGAAACAGCGCAUCAAUGUACUCACAGACCAUCAGCCUGGACGAGAGGAGCACUGCUGUCUGAGCGGUUUGUUCCUCUUAUUUCUACGAAGCCAAGGACAGAGACACAAGCAUGGUCUUAUGGUACCAUGAUGUUGCAAUAUUUGCUUUACAUGGAAGCAGACGUAUGAAAUUUCACUGCACAUCUAUACAGCUUCAUACAUUUGCUAGUAAUGUAAGCUAAAAAUCGUAUGUAUUUUGGAAUUGUUCAUUCAGUUUUGGAUAUGCAUGGUAAACACGCUGCUGGCUGAAGCUCAGUAAGAAAGUGUGUUGACUAAAACUCUAAAACGUCAGCAUCAGAAGCCAGCCUCAUUUAGUCAUCGGACGGGGAAAUAAACCGCCAGCAAGGCAAAGCAUAAACUUUUCAUACUUAUAAGUGAGAUGAAUCAAAUAUGAUAUUACCUCAGUCAGAACUGAAUCUGUUUUGUGUACCAAACUGUGCAGAGUAAAAAGUGCAGCAGGAAAGGUUAAUGUGGAAAGUUUCAGAGCAUGUAACAGCAGAUUUGCCCCCUUAAACACGAGAAACCACAACCUGACGACAGGAAGAAGUACACAACCACGCUGUCGGCUUAACCUUUGCAGGCUCAGUGCAAAAAGUUGAAGUGCUUUUAUAUGAAGUGAUCUCUUCAAUAUUUCUGCAGAUAUUCAGCUUACAAAACCAGGUCAUUUUUAAAAUCAAUAUCUUCUAUAUGCUAUUAGUCAUCCUGUUCAAUCGAUUUGCAUUAUCGCAAAUAAACAAGUAUUAGGCUACUUCCCCAUCAAAUCCAUAGAGAUGGAGUUAGAAAGUUACUGAACCAAAGUCAGUUUCUUUUUUGCGUCACAUUGUGAGCAUGUGUUGUCUUUGAAUUGAUCAAAGCAACAGUGUGGUUCAGAAUGAGCCAACAAACACAGGCAGAUGUUGUGUAAAGUCAGUAUUGUUUAUGUUCAAUGUAUGAUAUGUACUUUUCAAUAAAAUUGUUCUA